GUUUCAAUUAAACGGAACUCAUUCACCUCAUUCUCUACAUAGAGCUUAACUUGGGCUUAUGUCACUGUCAUACAACUUAUAUAAUUCCAUUCUAGUUAAAAAAUAACUAGAUAUGAAUGAGGCUCUUUGCUCGAUUCUCUGUGCGCAGGAUGAAUGGUACUACGAUUCGGAGGGCAGGUAUAUUAAAUUCAAUAACGAUGGUACUGGUGAGGUAUGUAGGUUCUCGCCCAUACUGUAUAUCUAUAUCUGGGAAUCUGUCAAUAACAACUAUAAGUUAUGGUGUCGUUGCAACUUCAACUAUUGGAUCGCUGCGGUAUUGGAGUGGAAGAGGAUUGAUUCGCCGCGUGAUCCAACCGAGGUGGCAGGUGUCGCCCAAAACAGGGGUCCUCAACUUCUAGGCCAGCUUAAUCUUGAAAUAGCUCUUGUUAAACGUCUACCAAAAUGGGUUGAGGCUUCAAUUCUGUCAAAAAGCACAUUGAUCAACGAGUUCAGUCUUAUGGAUGUUGCCUUUCAACCCAAGACAUACACCGUUAGAAUUGAGAAGGGAAACUUUAUAGAACCCUGUAGCAUUAAUUGCGGGAACUGGAAUGGAUGGAGAUACGAGCUUCGCUUGCUAUUUGAUAAGUCGCCGUAUCCGCCACGAUGUCAAUGGAAACAGCCGGAAGGUGGUCCAGAUGGGGGUCAAUUUUGGGACCACAGAGAAUUUGUUGGUCGACAUUUAGAAGAUCUGCCAACUGGAGGAAGAGCUAUGAAUGAUAUAUCUCCAUGGAACGGCUGUAUAGUUUCCUAAUGGUCUGGACUGGCUUUGCCGUGGUGGUAGCACAUAGGAUCUUGCCCGGUAUGGGCAGUACAUUGUGUCGGAGGACUUUCUAAUAAUUCACGGAUAGUUUCGGAAGAUGGCAUCAAAUAACCUCAAUAUCCCACCCCGGCGUCCUCUAUGGUAUGAUCAUCAUAGGAUAGCCCGGAUUGAAGGCCGAUUGGCGCGUAUAUGGGUGAUGGUCGGUUUGGUGGAGGUGAGGUUGAGCUAUCAAAACCCCCUUUCGGACCCUUUUUCGGACCCCUAUUUGGGGUCACUCCAUCGCAACUAGUGGUAUAAUAUGGCUUCGAGAGCAAGCCGUGC